AGUUCCUGUUAUUGUUUUUAUCACCUCUAUGUAAGGUUGGAGAAAGUCUUGUUACUGUUACUGAUAGAAAGAGAGACCUUGAGCAAGGAACUGUGAUUGGAAAAUGCAGUCCUCCACUGUACUGAAGACUCUUUUUGUCACCAUCCUCUGCAUGGUGGUGAAUGGAAAGGUAUUUGAACGGUGUGAACUGGCAAAGAAGCUGAAGAUAUCUGGUUUGGAUGGAUACCAAGGGUACAGUCUGCCAAACUGGGUGUGUCUGUCAUUCUACGAGUCUCAUUUCAACACUCAGGCAGUGAACCACAACACAGACCAGUCCACUGAUUAUGGGAUCUUUCAGAUCAACAGCCGCUGGUGGUGCGAGGACGGGAAGACGCCACGCUCCAAAAAUGCAUGCAACAUCCCCUGCAGCCGCCUGCUGGAUGAUGACAUCACUGAUGACAUCCAAUGUGCUAAGCGUGUGGUGAGGGACCCAAAUGGAAUGAAGGCAUGGGUUGCCUGGCGUAAGUUUUGUGAAGGUCAGGAUCUUACCAAGUACACAGCCGGCUGUGGAGUUACAGCAUAAAAUAACUGGGUGGGCAGUGCAAACAUUCUGUAACUUUUAAGAAUCUAAAGUAAUCUGGAUUUCAUGUCUUAUAAAUGCCUGUUUGUUCAAUAUAAUUUUCUAGUGCUACAUUUAUCAUUAAAAAACAAAAAUGUACACACUUUUGCUUAUUCAUUUGUGAUUUAUACAUGGUCGAAGAAAGAGAGGCGAGGAAGCACGCAAUACUUAGUAUUAUGCACUGCAAUUAACAAAACUAACAAUAAUAGCAUUAGUGCUUGUGGGCACAGCCAGAGUGACAGCAAAGCAGCACUUCUGGCUCCACCCUACAAACAGUCAAAAUCUUUCUUUGAUUUUUCAUCUGUUCCAUUUGCUUUUUCUCCUGUCAAAUACAUUGUCCAGUAGAUUCCUGUUUAAAUCAAUAAAGCGUUGUUUGUGAAUCCCAUUUAA